GGAUUAAAUUUACCCCCGUAGCUCUGUGUGACCCCCCCCCCCCGAGGGGUGGGGCAAAUACUCUUCCUCUCGCUCUGGGACUCUUCCUCACGGCUGCAGAGGAAGAGGAGGAGGGGAGGGUGAGUUUAGCGUUCCAGCCAGGCUGAUCUGGGAUAUGAGUGUCUCGCCAUGAACCCCACCUCCGUCAGAAUACACCUGCAGAAUGGGAUCCACUUCAACACCUACAUGUACCAGGAGUUUGCCACAUUGACCAAGGAGCUGAAUGUGUGCAGGGAACAGCUGCUGGAGAAAGAGGAGGAGAUCUCAGAGCUGAAAGCAGAGAGGAACAACACCAGGCUGCUGCUGGAGCACCUGGAGUGCCUGGUCUCUCGGCACGAGCGGUCCCUGAGGAUGACGGUGGUGAAGAGGCAGGCCCCGCCCCCCUCGGGUGUGUCCAGCGAGGUGGAGGUGCUGAAGGCGCUGAAGUCCCUGUUCGAGCACCACAAGGCCCUGGACGAGAAGGUGCGUGAGAGACUGCGGGUGGCGCUGGAGAGAGUGACCACACUGGAGACACAGCUGGGUGCAGCUACACAGGAGCUCUCUACAGUCCGGCAAAGGAAAGACAAGACGGAGGGCGACUCCGUGGACAAGAUGGACGCCUCCAAGCCCACCUGGAAGAGGCUGCCUAACGGCUCCAUCGAUGCUCAUGACGAGGCGAGCCGCACGCUGGAGCUGCAGGAGCAGCUGGAUCGGGCCAAUAAGGAGCUGGGGCAGAGCAAGGAGCGCGUGGGGACGCUGACCGCCCGCGUGGGCGAGCUGGAGAGCGAGCUCUGUGCCUCCCGCAAGGACCUGCUCAAGACCGAGGAGCUGAGCAACAAGUACCAGCGUGACAUCCGCGAGGCGAUGGCCCAUAAAGAGGACAUGGAGGAGCGCAUCACCACGUUGGAGAAGCGCUACCUGGCCGCGCAGAGAGAGACCACCUCCAUCCACGACCUCAAUGACAAGCUGGAGAACGAGCUGGCCAAUAAGGACUCUCUGCACCGGCAGAGUGAGGAUAAGUCCAGGCACCUGCAGGAGCUCCUGGAGCUGGCGGAGCAGCGGCUGCAGCAGACCAUGAGGAAGGCGGAGACUCUCCCCGAGGUGGAGGCCGAACUAGCGCAGAGAGUGGCGGCUCUCAGCAAGGCCGAGGAGCGCCAUGGCAACAUCGAGGAGCGUCUGAGACAGCUGGAGUCUCAACUGGAGGAGAAGAACCAGGAGCUGGGCAGGGCGCGGCAGAGGGAGAAGAUGAACGAGGAGCACAACAAGCGUCUGUCCGACACGGUGGACCGUCUGCUCACAGAGUCCAACGAACGCCUGCAGCUGCACCUGAAGGAGCGCAUGGCUGCUCUGGAGGACAAGAACGCUCUGAUUCACGAUCUGGAGAGCUCUCAGAAACAGCUGGAGGAGUUCCACCACACCAAGGAGCGGUUGAUCGGGGAGAUCGAGAAACUGCGGACGGAGAUUGACCACCUCAAGCGCAGGAGCGGAGUUUUUGGGGAUGGGCUGCACCCCAGGUCCCACCUGGGCAGCGCCACAGACCUGCGCUUCUCCGUGGUCGACCCCCAGGGGGAGCACUUCAGCUCGGCCGUCAUCCGGAGAGCGCAGAAGGGCCGAUUCGCAGCUCUGAGGGACGAGCCCACCAAGGACUGGGAGCGCCCCCAGCCCCCCAGCCUGCGGGCCAGCGUGACCCACCUGGUGGAGAGCGACCCGGAGCUGUCCGACCUGGACGACGACGACCGCGAGACGGUGUUCAGCUCGGCCGACCUGCUUUCCCCCAGCGGACACUCCGACGCACAGACCCUCGCCAUGAUGCUGCAGGAGCAGCUGGACGCCAUCAACGAGGAGAUCAGGAUGAUCCAGGUGGAGAAGGAGUCGGCGGAGUUGCGGGCGGACGAGAUUGAGAGCCGUGUGACCAGCGGCAGCAUGGACGCCCUGAACGUCACGCUCCGCCCCCGCGCCUCCAUCCCCACCUCCCUCACCGCGCUCUCAUUGGCCAGCUCCUCCCCGCCCGUCAGCGGUCGCUCCACGCCCAAACUCUCCGCCCGGUCCACCGCCCACGAGCUGGGCAUCAUGACCCUGCCGAGCGACUUGCGGAAACACCGGCGGAAAGUCCUCUCCCCCGUGUCGCGUGACGAAGGCCGCGAGGACAAGGCCACCAUCAAGUGUGAGACGUCCCCCCCCUCCUCCCCCCGAAACCUGCGCCUGGAGCCAAUGAGCUUCAGCCAGCUCACCGGCAGCCUGGACGAUGGCCGAGGGGGGAAGAAGAAGGGUAUAAAGUCGUCCAUCGGUCGGCUCUUCGGAAAGAAGGAGAAGGGUCGUCUGGAGCAGCAGAUGGGAAAGGAGGGACCAGUGACGGUUCCUGGUACUGUGGCUGUUCAAGAUUUUGAGAUGGGCAUCGGGGACACGCUGACCCUGGGGAAGCUGGGAGCGCAGGCGGAGCGGGACCGCAGGAUGAGGAAGAAGCAUGAGCUGCUGGAGGACGCUCGGAGGAAAGGCCAGCCCUUCGCCCAAUGGGACGGCCCCACCGUGGUGUCCUGGCUGGAGCUGUGGGUCGGGAUGCCGGCCUGGUACGUGGCCGCGUGCCGGGCGAACGUGAAGAGUGGAGCCAUCAUGUCUGCGCUGUCGGACACGGAGAUCCAGCGGGAGAUCGGCAUCAGCAACCCGCUGCACCGGCUGAAGCUGCGACUCGCCAUCCAGGAGAUGGUGUCUCUGACCAGCCCCUCCGCCCCGCUGACCUCCCGCACCUCCUCUGGAAACGUGUGGUUGACUCAUGAGGAAAUGGAGAACAUGGCAACCUCCAGUAAAGCGGAGAACGAGGAGGGCAGCUGGGCUCAGACGCUGGCGUACGGGGACAUGAACCAUGAGUGGAUAGGGAAGGAGUGGCUGCCUAGCCUGGGCCUGCCUCAGUACCGCAGCUACUUCAUGGAGUGCCUGGUGGACGCCCGCAUGCUGGACCACCUGACCAAGAAGGACCUGCGCACUCACCUCAAAAUGGUGGACAGCUUCCACCGGGCCAGUCUGCAGUACGGGAUCAUGUGUCUGAAGCGGCUGAAUUACGAUCGCAAGGAGCUGGAGAGGAGGAGAGAGGAGUGCCAACAGGACAUCAAAGACGCGCUGGUGUGGACCAAUGAGCAGGUGAUGCACUGGGUGCAGUCCAUCGGGCUGAAGGAGUACAGCGGCGGCCUGGUGGAGAGCGGGGUGCACGGAGCCCUCAUCGCGCUGGACGAGAACUUCGACUUCUGCAGCAUGGCCCUCAUCCUGCAGAUCCCCAUGCAGAACACACAGGCUCGACAGGUUCUGGAGCGGGAGUUCAACAACGUCCUGGCACUCGGUACCGACCGCCGGCUCGACGAGAGCGACGACAAGUCUUUCCGGCGCUCCCCGUCCUGGAGGAAGAGGUUCCGGCCGAGGGAGGGGCAGGGGCUGGGAAUGCUGCCCGGCUCCAUGGAGACGCUUCCCGCCGGAUUCCGCCUCACCACCAUGUCCGUCCCGCCCUCCAUGGCCAUGGUUCCCAGGAAGCUACAGCCGGAAGCUGGACCCCCGGUCCCUCAGAGACUAGACCCCUCGGCCGUUCGGACUUACUCGUGCUAACUCCUCUAUGCUAACAGCAGCGCUCGCACCAGCAGUGCAUUCCCACUACCUAUACGGACACUCGCUUGCUGCCUUCCGAGAGUGAAAUGCCAAAUCUGAAGAGAGGCCGUCUCUGGGCUCGGGAGAGCGCUGAGGCCUAGAAGCUUCCGUCUGGCCCCAGCCGGCCUCCCGCUCCGCGCAAUAGGCCAGGUGAAACGCUGACCACUGAACCUUGAACCUUGAACUCUGAACUGGGGAGCGUGUGCCCCCUGCGCCCCGGCUGUGGAGGAGACCCGUCACCACCGUUAAUUCCCACUAUUUCCAGUUCCCUAGUUGCUGUAAAUGUGGUUCAGACCCCCCUGUUUUAAGCUGGUGUAUCGCGCCCCGUACUCUGUUUUUCGUAGUAUAUAUUCUGUGCAUCUCUGGUAUACAGUAUAUAAGAUUCCCCCCUACCGGUUAUGCAAGGUAAUAAUUAUUUUAUCUUUCUGUAUAUAAAAUGGAUGACAUAUGUUUUUAUAGAAAUAUAUAUGGAAUUAAAAUUAUAUUAUUAUCGUACGAAGACUGUAGGUAGGUCUUAGCUGGUGACUGUUCCUGUUUGUUGGACCUCUGUUCGGUAGACCCGUGGCUCCUCUGUCUGUUUUUGAAAACGCCGGUGUGACCAGUUACUUCCUCUGAAGAGUGGUGUUUUGUGAACCCUGCGACGAUGCUCACCUGCGGGGAUUCCUGGAACCUCGGGGGGGUUUAUUAAGCUCAACUAUCCCUCUCCCUCUUUUUUUAUCAGCACACAGAUAUUAUGAUUGAAAACUGUUUCACUGUUCUAUGGUAGAGGGGACAGUUGGGUGUGAGAGGUGCGGAAACAGCGGGGGAAACAGCAAUAUAAUAAUAUACUUUUAUACGGGCUGCGGUGUGAGGAGAUCAGGGGGCGUCGGUGCAUUGAACCUCAUUUCAGAGCCCCCCUGUCAUCUGUCCCAUAGAACUGUGGGAGUUGUAGGAACCUCAGUCAUCUGCCCCACAGAACUGUGGGAGUUGUAGGAGCCUCACCAACAACUAUCUCGUAGGACUGUGGGAGUUGUAGGAACCUCAAUCAUCUGCCCCACAGAAUUGUGGGAGUUGUAGGAACCCUCGGUCAUCUGCCCCCCAGAAUUGUGGGAGUUGAGGAGUCCAGAGGUGGCUCUGCCCCUCUGUAGCUAACGUGCUGCUUUGCAAUAGACAAUGACUUUCAGGUGUGGUCACCUGUGACACUCCCAGGGCUGGCCUGUUCUCACCGCUGGGGACGUAAUAAUCACCAGGUGCUGAAUCUGAGCCACACACGGACUCCACGCCCCUCCGCCAUCUUGAAUAUUAAGUGCAGAAUAACCUGAAGUGUGAUGUAUGUAUACUCUCUCACCCUUCCCAGCCCGUGUGUAAAUGAUAUUUUGAACGUUGUAUUGUGCUAUUGUGGCAGCUAUAAGUACUGUAAGUGUAUUUUAUGCCAAGUGUGAAUCAAAGCUGAGAAAUGAAGUCAUUUUUGUUAUUAA